CCCUAAAUUUGCAGAAGCCAUUUGUUUCCGCUGAUUGAUUUCAGAGAGUUCAUCAAUUUUUUUAUGUUACUCGUCACUUUUUCUUUGUUGGGUCUUAGAAUUUGCGUUCAAAUUCGGCUGGUAAAAAGUAUAGCAAGUUCCAAAGAUUGCAUUUUUUGAAUAUUUUCAGAGAAUUUUGCAUCAAUUUACUUCUCUAUCUUGUAUUUUGGGGUUUCUUCUCUCUCAUUGUUGGCGUUGUGGAUUGGUUUCAUGGUGAAGUGGGUUCUGGGUUCUUGUUGGUGGAUAAUUUUCAGCCAUUUGGGCUUUUCUAUCACAGUUUAUGUGGAUAUAAUGAGGAAGAAAAGAGCAUUUUCCAGGAAUGAUCAGAAUUAAUGGGUGAUUGAUCUGGUUCUUUUGUCACUUACAGAGUCGGGUUUGCUUUGUUUUGUUGGUAUUCAAAUGCUUAGUUGUUUUGUGGAGCUCUUAGGUGUCAUUAUCUGAGUUUUUUCCUCCAUUUUUCUUUUUAGUUCUUCCAAUUCUCGCUGGUUUAAGCUUUCGGGUAUCGGGUAAUGGUUCUCUGUAACUUGGGGUUUUUGGGUAUCAGAUGGAAAAGUGGGUUUUCUUCUUCCAUUUUGAGCCCGUUUGGGACUUUGGUUUUCCAUGUAAGUACUUGACUUGUAUUAUCCUGGAGAGCUCAAUGCAUAGGGAAAUGAAAAAUUGAAGAAGCAGGAUUGAAUCCAGAAAUUUAAGACUCGUAUCAAUGGCUACCUUACUUCUGCAUCUACUUGUCCUAUUGCAAUUUCCUGGCAUUUUGAUUCCAGUGGGUGCUAUCAAGUCCAGGGAUUGUGAAAGUGGCCAAUUUUCAAAUAUAGGUUCUUUGGGUUGUGGAUCAUUUCAAUAUGAUCGAGAAUUUUUAGAGCAUGGACAUCUUUGUGAGGCACUGGAGUUUGCAAUCCUUCAUGGGUGUUUCUGCAAAUAUGGGCUUGAACAAUGGAGCAGAAUUGGAAAAGAGUGUUGCAAUAUGGAGCUUGAAAAAUUGAACGAUCUUGUGUGUAUUCCUUACGCAAUGCAUCAGCCUCGUAGGGCAGCAAGAAAGACUCUAUUGCAGCCAAGAACAAAAGAAACAAUGUGUCAUAAUAUUGAGAGGAUAAGUAAGUUCAAAGGAAAAGAUCAACAUGAUUCAACUUCAACUCAUGGCAACCUAGUCAUUGCAGCAUCGGGAAUGCUUCUUUUAUCCUGCAGCAUGUUAUGUCCAUGUUUUCGUGCCAAAAAGAAAGGCGUGAACCGUGAUGUUCUUGUCAGAGGCCCCAAUUCAAUGGACAUGAUGUCAUCUUUUGAAGUAAGUGCUUCUCCACAUGUGCCACCCAGCCCGAGUCAAAUGCCACCAAGCCCGUAUCGAUUUUCUCUAUCCCCUCAAACAAGUCAAAAUGGACCUAUACACCUUAGUCCCAAACAAAUUAUUAAAUCUACACGCAACUUUUCACUGGAAUUUAAGAUAGGGGAAGGAGGUUUUGGGACUGUUUACAAGGCUCAGUUGCAAGAUGGACAGUUUGUCGCCGUUAAACGUGCAAGAAAGGAACUAUUUGAGUCCCUACGGACAGAAUUUAGAAGUGAAGUUGAGAUGCUAGCAAAAAUUGAGCAUCAAAAUCUUGUGAAGCUACUUGGUUAUAUUGAACAAGGACAUGAGCGCCUGAUUAUUGUUGAGUAUGUCUCGAAUGGUACUCUCCGGGAGCAUUUGGAUGGACAUCAUGGGAGAAUUUUGGAUUUUAUGCAACGACUGGAGAUAGCAAUUGGUGUUGCUCAUGGCCUAACUUACCUACAUGUAUAUGCAGAGCAACCAAUAAUCCACCGAGAUGUGAAGUCCUCAAACAUCCUUUUGACCGACCAAUUUAGAGCCAAGGUGGCGGAUUUUGGGUUCGCACGAGUGGGCCCCACACAAGCUGAUCAGACCCAUAUAAUGACACAAGUAAGGGGCACUGCAGGCUAUCUGGAUCCUGAAUAUUCUAGAACCAGCCAGCUCACAACAAAGAGUGAUGUGUUUUCCUUUGGCAUUUUGCUCAUCGAGAUCUUAUCAGGGCGGCGCCCCAUAGAGUCAAGAAGAGCUGUUGAUGAAAGAGUCACUUUGCGAUGGACCUUCAAAAUGCAUAGCGAUGGAAGAAUGAGGGAUAUAUUGGAUCCUUUGUUAGAAGAAACACCUGAAGAUCAUAUAUUGGAGAGGAUCUUUGAUUUGGCUUUCCAAUGUGCGGCGCCUAGCAGGUCUGAGAGGCCUACCAUGAGAGAAGCAGUUCAGCAGCUAUGGGGGAUUAGACGAGACUACUACUCGAUCUUGAGAACUGGGAGUCGAUCGCAAUGAUCAGUGUUUUCAUUUUUUUAUCGUUCAAGGGAAAUAUAUCAUAGUCAAAUCUAGUAUGGUGUAUGGUGAUCUAUAGGGACGUCCACGAUUUGGUCUUUUAUGAUGGAGUGCAGAGAUUCAUUGUAGUAUGGCCUACUCCGGCAGGUCAUCUAGAUAAGUUAACCGUGGAUGCAUCUUUCAAGUGCUGUUUACCAUACGCCAUUGAUAGCGGUAUGUACUUUCUUUAAGGGAGGUGUCAUGUUUUUGUAAGGUAGAGUUUUGAGUUUGUAAAUGAGGUCCACAUGUGGUUGUAUUAUUAACUGGAAACAGUGGCUAUUUUCUAGCAUGAUAUAUUUAUGUUUUGCCAAAUAGUUGGGGUAAAGUUCGGAUGAU